AAGUCCACCUCCGCCCAGCCCUGCCCGGCGCUUGCCCGGGGGGUCCCGGCUCCUGCGCCCCGGGCGCGCCACCCGGACACUCCGGUCCCCGCAGCGGCCAGCCAGGGACAAAGCCAUGAAGCCGGCGCUGCUGGAAGUGAUGAGGAUGAACAGAAUUUGCCGGAUGGUGCUGGCCACUUGCUUGGGAUCCUUUAUCCUGGUCAUCUUCUAUUUCCAAAGUAUGUUGCACCCAGUCAUGCGGAGGAAUCCCUUCGGCGUGGACAUCUGCUGCCGGAAGGGCUCUCGGAGUCCACUGCAGGAGCUCUACAACCCCACCCAGCUGGAGCUCUCCAACACGGCGGUCCUGCACCAGAUGCGGCGCGACCAGGUGACGGACGCGUGCCGGGCCAACAGCGCGGCGAGCCGCAAGCGGCGGGUGCUGACGCCCAGCGACCUGAAGCACCUGGUGGUGGACGAGGACCACGAGCUCAUCUACUGCUACGUGCCCAAGGUGGCGUGCACCAACUGGAAGCGGCUGAUGAUGGUGCUGACGGGCCGCGGCAAGUACAGCGACCCCAUGGAGAUCCCGGCCAACGAGGCGCACGUGUCGGCCAACCUGAAGACGCUCAACCAGUACAGCAUCCCCGAGAUCAACCACCGCUUGAAGAGCUACCUGAAGUUCCUGUUCGUGCGCGAGCCCUUCGAGCGCCUGGUGUCCGCCUACCGCAACAAGUUCACGCAGAAGUACAACACGUCCUUCCACAAGCGCUACGGCACCAAGAUCAUCCGGCGCCAGCGCAAGAACGCCACGCAGGAGGCCCUGCGCAAGGGCGACGACGUGCGCUUCGAGGAGUUCGUGGCCUAUCUCAUCGACCCGCACACGCAGCGCGAGGAGCCCUUCAACGAGCACUGGCAGACCGUGCACUCCCUCUGCCACCCGUGCCACAUCCGCUACGACCUGGUGGGCAAGUACGAGACGCUGGAGGAAGACUCCAACUACGUCCUGCAGCUGGCCGGCGUGGGCAGCUACCUGAAGUUCCCCACCUACGCCAAGUCCACCAGAACUACUGACGAAAUGACCACGGAGUUCUUCCAGAACAUCAGCGCCGAGCACCAAACGCAGCUCUACGAAGUCUACAAACUCGAUUUUUUAAUGUUCAAUUACUCAGUGCCAAGCUACCUGAAAUUGGAAUGA